AUGGCCUCAGUCUUCCGCCCGGGCGCACUGGCCCUGAUCUCCGGCGGCGCCAGCGGCGUGGGCUUCGCCUUCGCCUCCCACUGCCGCCGCCAAGGCAUGCACGUCGCCCUGCUGGACAUCAACCGGGAGACGUUGGCCUCCGCGUCCUCGGCCCUCCAAGCCAUCGACAACAAACUCCUGACGCUGACAUACGAGAUCGACGUGUCAGACAUGGACGCCUGGGCCGCGAUCCGCGCCGACGUGGAGACCAAAUUCCAGACGAUCGACUUCCUGAUGCUCAACGCGGGGAUGGCCAUCCGGACGACGUCCCCCUGGAAAGACGCGGCGUACUUCCACAAGACACUCGCGACCAACUACUUCGGCAUGAUCCACGGGCUUGUCACGUUUCUGCCGCUUGUCACGAGAUCUCCCAGCCCCGCAGCGAUCGUGAUGACCGGGUCCAAGCAGGGGAUUACGAACCCGCCGGGCAACCCGGCGUACAAUGCGAGCAAGUCCGCGGUGAAGACGACGGCGGAACAGCUCGCGCAUGACGUCCGGACCAGUGGCUCGAGCAUCUACGCGCCGCAUGUUUCUGCCCACUUGUUGGUGCCUGGGUGGACGUUCACGGGGUUGUCGGGGAACCUGGGCCCCGUGGCGGAUGAGGAGGCGCUGAAGACGAAGCCGAGGGGUGCGUGGUUGCCGAGUCAGGUUGCCGAGUAUGGUGUUGCGAAGAUCGAGAGGGGGGAGUUCUACAUUAUAUGUCCGGAUACCGAUGUUGACGAGGCGUUGGAUAAUGCGCGGAUGAGCUGGGCGGCGGGGGAUAUCACGGAGGGGAGGAGCGCGUUGAGUCGGUGGGAUGACAAGGUCAAGGAUGAGGCGGCGGGGUGGAUACAGAAGGAGGCUGAGAGGCGGAGGGGCCAGUGA